UCCAGAUUUUAACCUAGGUUUAUUGUACUACCUGUUUUACAUUUGAAAGACCAAGGGCAUAGUACCCACAGUUAGUUCGGAAAUGUCCGGGUUUUCUGGCACCGUCAAUGUCAAAAUCAAUGAGGCUUCUGACCUGAGACCCACAGCCUUCAGUAAACGGUUGCCUGGGAUCAAUGUGUCAACUCUCGACACUUACGUUGAGAUAAAUAUUGAUGAUCACAUCAUUGGAAAGACUCCCACAAAAGCAAAAACACUCUCCCCUAUUUGGGAGGAGUCAUUUUCCGACCAGGUCGUGAAUGCCGAUGUUAUAACUUUUCGAGUUUUCCACGAUGCCUCUGUGGGCGCCGAUGAUUUUGUUGCUGAUGCUCAACUUGCGUUACCUCAAUUCUGUCAAGAACAUAGGUCUGAAUCAAAAGAGCUCUGGCUGGAUCUUGAACCAACUGGCAGACUAAAAGUCACAAUGAAACUCCACCAAGGGGCCAAUGUCAAUCACAAGUUUAAACUGAAGGAAAGAAAGCGUGGUAGACGUAAUGCAGUCAGGCGGAGAAUACACCGUGUUAGUGGUCACAAGUUUCUGGCCACCUACCUAAGGCAACCAACAUUUUGUUCCCACUGCAAAGACUUCAUAUGGGGUUUGGUUGGAAAGCAAGGCUACCAGUGCCAAGCUUGCACCUGUGUGGUACACAAACGCUGCCAUGAGCUUGUGCUUAAGAAAUGCCCUGGAUGCAAGACCGAAAUACCGGAGAAUCCAUCGCUGGGUCGUAUAAAUUUCAAUGUACCCCACAAGUUCCGCCCCCAUAAUUACCCAUUUUUCACAUUCUGUGACCACUGUGGCUCUCUUUUGUAUGGUCUUUACUCACAAGGCAUGCAAUGCAAAUCUUGCAAGCUAAAUGUUCACAAACGUUGUGCAGCCAAUAUACCCAACUCUUGUGGUAUAAACGAGAAGCAGUUAGCUGAUAUGUUAAAGGAAAUAGGAAAACUUGGUAUCAGCAACAGUUCCUCCAAGAAAUCAUUCAGUAGCCAGACCUCACUUGUACAAGGCUCAUCAGAUUCAAGUAAUGGUUCCAUAAUGAAACAAAGACUGUCAGCUACAAAUAGUGAUCCAAGCAAGAAGAAUGUCAAACUUACAGAUUUCCUUUUUAUUAAAGUUCUUGGAAAAGGAAGCUUUGGAAAGGUACUCACUUGUUUGUGUAAUAGAUUACGACUCUUGCCUAUGCCAUAUAUUUGUUGUUUUUUUGGCGCUUUUGUAAAAGUAUCUCAUUCUUUAGGUACUCGUUUGGAAACAGUUGAAUUAUUAAAAAUCAUAGAUAAAGAACGUUUGUUCUUUAUCAUGGAGUAUGUUAACGGAGGUGACUUGAUGUUUCAAAUCCAAAAGUCACGGAAGUUUUCAGAGGAGAGAUCACGAUUUUACGCAGCUGAAGUUAUCUUGGCUCUCAUGUUUCUGCACAAACAUGGAAUCGUAUACAGGGACAUCAAACUUGAUAACAUACUUCUCGACCAAGAAGGCCACUGUAAACUUGCCGACUUUGGAAUGUGUAGGGAAGGUGUCAAAGAUGGUAAUCUCGCCACGACAUUCUGUGGCACGCCAGAUUACAUUGCGCCGGAGAUUUUGCAAGAACUUGACUAUGGAGUGUCAGUUGACUGGUGGGCACUUGGUGUGCUCAUGUACGAGAUGCUGGCUGGCCAACCACCUUUUGAAGCUGACAAUGAGGACGAUCUGUUUGAAUCCAUCAUGAACGAUGAGGUCUUAUACCCAGUGUGGCUCACCAAAAAUGCAGUUAAUAUACUGGAAAUGUUCAUGACGAAGAAACCGGCUCGUAGGUUAGGAUGCGGGAGUGGAGGAGAGGGAGCGAUACUUCAUCAUCCGUUCUUUGAAUCUGUUGAUUGGAAAUCACUCGAAGAGAAAAAAGUUGAACCUCCAUUUAAACCUUCAGUGAAAAACAUCUACGACACGACCAACUUUGAUUCCGAUUUUACACGAAUGUCGCCACGAUUCACUCCGAUACCUUCGCAAUCUCUUGCAGCGAUAAAUCAAUCAGAGUUCCGUGGAUUUUCCUUCGUCAACUCUGCUUACUCCGGUUCAAUCAAGAGCAAACCAGCCACGUCACCCAGCGUGCAGUCCACGUCAAGUGUGCCAUCAACUGAUCUUUGAAGUUUUCCUCCCGCCCAAAUCUUCGCGAUGAGAUUACAGACGUCAACAGACCGUGACAAUUUCUUCACUGCCUUCUGCAGUUGCACACAUGCUCGUUGCCGAAAAAUGCAAACUGCAGCAUUAGGUAACCAGAAAUGGCUUCGGCAGUCUUCAAGGCCGACGACUGUGGUACCUUACCCAUUUUUAUCGUCGUUACCUUUCCUGCACUUAUCGUUUUGUUUACUACAAGUUUCAAUGCACCAUAAACGCCAAUGGCUCAUCUGAGGUCGCAGUCAAAUCAAAUGCAAAACCAGCUGUGACUGUUUCGGACGGUGCACCCCAGACCCCAAGCUUGAACCACUGUUCGUUUUUGCGACCUCUGCUCGCAUGGACUUUUUCUUACUUGGUUUAAAUCAUCAAUUGCUGCUGUUGAUAAAAUCACAAAUGAAAUGCAUGCAUCAUCGUUUCUAUUUCAACCCAUCAUGUACUUUGCAUGUUUUCCUUUACUUUGCUGAUCAGUCAAUGAAAAAAUGUUUUUGUAUCACACCGAAUGCCUACAAUUGUUGGUAAUUCCCUCCUAUAAUCAUGUUAUUGUCAAAAAGAUAUUUCUCACCAGGUUUAUUUUCUCAAUUUACUGAUCAAAUGCAACUGUGCUGUUGUGAUUUUGUUUAUUUGAUCAGAAAUCCCCUCUUUGUUGUUUUAUUGUUUUUUUUUGUUCCCAGAACUGGCAAGCUACUUUUACUCGCCCGUUUUUAAUGUCAAUUAAUAUUAGAUAGUUUUUGUAUCCCCAAUAAUGGGUAAGUGUACAGAAUUAACAAUUCAUUCUUGUUUUGGCUAAUAAAAGGCUAUCCAGUUAUGUCAAA